AUUUUGAAAGUUGAAACAAAGGAGUAAACUUUUUUCAUGAUAAAAAUGUCAAAUCAGGCAGAUUUAAUUUCAAACACAACCAGUUGUAGACUUGUAGUACAGUACCAAAUCGAAUUCGCGCCUUUUACACAUUCUUCGUUUGUUUUCCCCCUUUAUCCCACUCUUCAUUUGUCUAGAAACAGCCACUAAUCCCACACCUCUUCAAUUUCAAUGGCGAAACAACAAAUACAAUCAAUACCCAAAACCGUUGAAAAUAGUCAAAAACACAAUCCUACAAAACCUCUUCUAUUAUCGAACAUUUUCUUACAGAAAAACCUUCAAAAAUGGCCAAUUAAGGUGAAUUUCUCUGGUUGGAGAAAACCCCAUCAAAGUUGGCCUAAUUGGGUCGAGAAAUUAUCCCUCAAAUACGCCAAAAUCUGGGAAUUAACAGGUAUUUGUGAUGGAAUCCUCUCUUCUUUGCAUGAAAUUAAACCUAACCCAGAAAUUAUUCUUGCUUUAUCUGAAUUUUGGUGCUCAAAAACCAAUACUUUUAUUUUUCCAUGGGGUGAAGCCACCAUAACUCUAGAAGAUGUAAAUGUGUUAUAUGGGUUGCCUAUUUUAGGAGAAACUGUAAACUUUUCGCUUUUCGAGGCUUCAUCUAAGAAUAUGGAACAAAAAUUGCAACAAGUGAAAGAUGCUAUGUCAACAAGUAGUAGUGAAAGUGAUGCUUGGAUUAAUUAUUUCAAUAAGGAGAAAGAUGAAAUUGAGCAUGUUGGAUUUUUGGCAUAUUGGCUUUCUAUGUUUGUGUUUCCUGAUCUAAAUGACAGAACAAUAGGAAAACAUGGUUUUUCAGUUGCUGUUCACCUUGCUCGAGGGGUGAAGAUCGCUCUUGCUCCUGCUGUUCUUGCUUGUUUAUACCAGAAGUUAACAUUUAUCACUCAGCAUGCUGCUGAUUUUGAUUCUGCUAAAAAGGAGGUUUCUGUUCCUGGUGCAUUUCAGAUUGUGCAACUUUGGGCCUUAGAGCGGUUUCCCUUGUUAGGAUCGAAGUUAUCGAAACCUUUGAGUUUAGGCCAUCCUAGGAUUGCUAGGUGGGAUAAGGUGAGUUUGAAGUCGAGUUUGGUUGAUGCAAGAAAAGCAUUGAGAUCAUCAGGUGAUAAUUUUUGUUGGCGGCCUUAUUGUUCAAACUUGGAGAAUUGGCGACAUAGGUGUUUCUACCUUGAUUAUGAGAAGGGUGAUGUUGAGGAAGUAAAAUCAUUUGGUGUAUUUUUGCAGCCUGUGGAGUUGUUCGGAAUUGAUUGUAUCGAAAUUUAUCAGCCCCAAAGGGUACUGAAGCAAUUGGGGUGUAAUCAAAAGGUUAUUGGAGCAACUGCAGCUUGUAGCCCUUUGAAAUCAGGAGAUAGCUUGCUUAAAGUGGAUAACUUAUCUAAGACUGGCGACAACAAGUUGUGGGAAAAACCGAUGAGUGCUCAUAAAAAUGCAAAUAAUGAAGAGCUUGAGCAGGACGGCAAUGAUGGUGAUAGAAAGCCGAUGAUAGCAAGCCAUGUUAUAGAUAAAGACGUAAAUUGUGAUGAAGACAUAUAUCUGCCUGAAUCAGCAGCAAAUAUUAGUCCUAAAAGCGAAAUUCUGAAUGUUUCGGGUGAUGAAACUGUUGCGAAACAAAACUUCUACCCAAGGGAUGAAGAUCAAAGCUUGGAAGGACUAAUAGUUGUGGAUUCAGACGAAGAAAUGACUGAGAAACUGGGGAGCAAGGAAGCUAUCCAGUCAAGAAGUAGUACAUGUAAGUUGAAAAGAAGGGUUGGCGAUUCAGCUGAUUAUCCUUUGUACAUCACUGAAUACUCUAGGAAGGCUGGGAAAAAGGAGAAAAAACCAGGUAUUUCUUUUGGAAAUGCAAUUGAUGUUGAGAUUUACUCGCUAUGAGUGAUGACAGAGAUACAAGGAGAUAAACACUUCUAGGAUUUUGUAAAUUUUAAGUUGUGUCUGCCUUUAUAGUUUUGAUGAGCAUGAAAUUGGAUGUAUACAUGUGGUCUGGUCGUUUUUUAGGUGAAUUAGUGCAUUAAGCUGCCUUUUGCUAUUCUGGCUCUUUUUAUUUUGGCUAUUGUCUUCAAAUAGUGAUUAUAGUUGCUUGAUUCUUCAACCAUCUGUUGGAGCUAGUACUUCAUUGAUAUCAUCAUCCAAGUUUCUGUCCUUUUUGGAGGCAAGAAAUUAAGCAUAACAAACUGUUUAGCAAAUAGAGCGUAUGAGUUCGUGGGAUACAAUAUGAAGGAAGACAAUAUACUCUUCAAAAAAAAAAAAAAGCAGCUACAUUGCACUCUGCACUCUACACUCGACUAGUACGUUCAUUCGUACAAGGACUGCCUUCAUUAGCCUAGUCAUAACUAGUUUUAU